AUGCGGAUACUUCACACCUCCUUCAAACUUUCCAGCGUGAAGAUCCCAAGUGCAUCUCAAGUAUCCAUUGAACUAGGUGGUGCCAAGCACUUUGGCUCUUGCUGGUGUGACUCCUUCCAAAGGCCUAUCAGCAAGGUGAAGCUACUCAGUUGGGCAGGUUAUCUUGGGGAAUUGUUCAGCAAGAAGGCUGCAGGGUUAUUCUGCUGCCUCAAACAGAAGGCUGUGUCCAUCCCUACUUGGUCUGAGUACUUGCUAGGCAGCGCGAGGUCUGGUGAGCGUCGGAUUCCACUAGGGAGAGCAAAUCCUUCGGAUGCAGCACCGAUGGUCGGCCUGACCUCGGUCUAUCUUCGAAAGGCGAACAGUUCAAACCAAUUCUGGCACACUCGAGUGGACACAGCCCCUGCUCCAACUGCGUGGCAUAUAUUUCGGGCUGCUUCGCUGGCUGAGUGUCCAAGCUGA